AUGGAGCACGCACAGUCCCGAGACAAGCCUUUGUUGGAUCCCUCCCUCCUCCUUCUGCUGCUGCUGUCGUCGGCACAGUCAUGCUGGAUCGUUUUGCAACACCGUGUAGCCAACAGCAUCGCUUGA